CCAGGGUACGUUCCGGCAGUACCCUGGGGGACAUAGAACCUAUGAGCCCUACUACCCAACUUAAUCAUUACUGACAGUAUGCCUUAAAUAAAGUAUACCAGUUGGUAAGAGUGUUACCGGACACGCAUUGGCAUGCCUCCCUGGCAUCUCAUAGCAUGGCCCGCAGCACAAGCACAACCAACCACGUGUUUGCAUUGUCGCAACUUUUAUGUUUGACUAUUUGUAGUAACCACAAGAAUUCAACACCAUGGCCUCAGUUCUACUUCUAGCGAAACAACUGUGCAGGGCGGUGCCAGUGGCUCGAGAGCACUGCCAGCUUCAAUGUGUACGGCAAUUUGCAGCACCGUCAGCAGUGCAAUCAACACAUCCACAUGCAGGAGAACCGGAUGAGUGUGUCAUGAAGAGUGACUGGAUCGGCCCGCCCCACAAUGUAUCCCAUCUGCGCCUUGUGAAAUUUAAUGCUCCUGCAGACGAGUCAUCUCGUGAGAAGGCAUUCAGACUGAAACGACAAGACACGCAAGAAUGGUGCCACCGCUAUUGGUCUGCCCACAAUCGCAACUUUGCCCUCAGCAAGAAAGCAUUUCUUGCGGAAAAGAUGGAGAAUAUGAGUGCGACAGCAGACAUUACGGAGGCAUUAUCUGCUGAUGAAAUGGCCGAGUUCUACAAGAAGUACCUUGAUGAUAACAAGGAAGCACACAUGCAGUUUAACAGGGAAUGGUAUCGUAGGCAGGUGGCACUACUGUGGCCAGCGCUUUGUGUAACAAUAGAGAGAUUUCUAUGGAGACGAAGGUCAUAAUUAAGCUAAUUAUAAUACCAAGGAGAUCAAUAGAACUCUGAUAAAAUUCUAGAGAGACAUCAGUUACAAUGUAACAUGACAAUUUCCUUUAGGUAUAUAUGCAAGUUUAUUGCACAAUGUAUAUAAGAAAUAGUAUAAAUAAAUUUUACUUAUAAAUGAACAAAUUUGUCUGUAGUCUCUGUUAUGGAAGUUCAUUGUUAAACACACCUGUGUGUUUAUUAGCUAUACAUAAACAAUAAAUCAGUUUUUAGUAUUUUA